UUCCCCUCACCGCCCGCGCCCUCCCCUCACCGCGCCCGCCCUCGCUUGUACUCUCACCGCAGUUAAUGGAUACACCGCGAUGGCUGAGGAAUCUCCUGGGAUCGAUGGGGAUUUCCUUUGUGUUCUUUAUCACUCUCAUGAAGGUCCGCCAGUAUUUGCUGCGGAUCCUGCUAGCAUACAGAGGGUGGAUGUAUGAAAAUGUCCGGGAAGUUUCCAUAAAAACAAAACUAUGGGGACUUACAGUCAAAUUCGUAUCUGGCUACCAACCGUCUCUGUACUCCUGCCAGCGCUCCUUGCCCAGGAUGCCCGUCCCUCCUCUGGAUGAAACGCUUAGUAAACUCCUUGAUAGCCUGAAGCCCCUGUGCUCCGAGGAGGAAUUCAAGCAGUACUCGAAGGAGGCGGCAGACUUCGAGGGAACCAUUGGGCCCAGACUGCAGCGCCUGCUCCACCUCAAGUCGUGGUGGGCACCCAAUUACGUGUCAGACUGGUGGGAAAAAUAUGUGUACCUGAUGUCACGACUACCCCUAGCAAUCAAUUCAAACUACUAUGCCUUAGACCACUACAUAUGGACUCCAACAAAUAGACAGGUCUCAAGAGCAGCUAAUGUUGUCCAUUCCAUUUUGUACUUCAAGCGCCAAAUAGACAGAGAAGAGCUUACUCCCUUAUUGUUACGGAAUACCAUUCCUGUGUGCAUGGCACAGUAUGAAAGACUGUUUUCUACUGUUCGAGUUCCUGGUGAGGAAAUAGAUGAGUUACUCCAUUUUGACUCUACGGAAUCUCGACAUGUUGUGGUGUGGAGACAGGGACUUUUCUAUCAACUUAAUAUAUAUGAUGACAAGAACCAGAUACUGUCUCCAGCUGAGUUGGAAAGACUUUUCCAAGAUAUUAUUGAUGAUGCAGACAAACACAAGGAGAGUGUAAGUGAGAGCGAACGCAGUGUUGCUGCCCUCACAGCCAUUGAACGAAGGGAAUGGGCUAGAAUUCAGAAGCAGAACUUUACAUCGGGCAUUAAUAAAGACAAUAUGGAUCUCAUCUUCAAGGCAGUAUGCAUGAUUGUUCUUUAUGACAAGCCACCAGAGAGCAUUGUAGACAAAGGGAAAACGCUCCUGCAUGCUGAUGGGCGUACGCUAUGGUAAGUUUCAUUUAUUUCAUUUUUCUAUGUCUUGCUUUU